AGAGUCGAGAAUUAUUGUACUCUGUGGAUCUAUGGAUCUUUCUCUUUUUACUAAACGAUCGUUGUUACUUCGUAGAUAUUGUAAAUUUGUCUGCGAAGCAUUAUUUUGAGUUGUAUCUCUCUAAUCAGUUUGAACUUAAAGUGUUUACCCAUAUGUGUACCAAAUGUUUUCAUUUACGGCUGUUACAAUGGACUCUACGCUAUUAACCGUUAUGGUAAUAAUACGCGGGUCGACAUCGCAAGCACUGACUGCCUUCCGACUUCGAUGACCAUAAGUGACAGCGGGAACCAUGAUCGCAAAUUUACCGCUUCUUUUAGCCAACGGCAAUCCAACGGCCCUGAGCAAGAUCACAGCUGCAGAGCUUGAGAAGUUCAUAACUUUCAUGGUGACCUGUUCCUGGGGUCACGACACUGUCAAAGACAUCCGACAGCCGCCGUGGUGGCCUAAAGAUGUCGCGUUCACGUAUCCUUUUGUCAGGCCGUACGAUGUGCCUGCAGAUUGGGAAGCGCGACUGAAGAAUUUAGUGAGAAAAUGCUAUGAUUACCACAAGAGCACGUUCCUGCUGGUAUUCUCCGCUCAGCUGUCUCGAUACCCGCGCAAGAGGCUCAGGUAUGUCGACAACCGUGAUCACACCACGUCUCUCUAUUACAGGCCGAAUGACCGACUUUUAGUAACAUUUAGAAAUGAGAAUCUAUUCUAUGACAAACAUGCACCAAAAGAACUAGACAUACCCCAGCUGAAAUCGGCAGACAUAUAUCUUUGUGACAAUUGUGACAGUCAUUUUGAUAAUUUAGAUGUACUGAGAGCACAUGAAAGGCUGUGUAAUAAUGAAAUUUUGCCAACAAGCACAUGCAGUGGUGGUAUGCCAGAGUUUUUGUCCGCCCUUAAGUUGCACCCGGUCGGACAAAAAAUAGACAAUGUACAUAUUAAGGUUAAUGUCAAUGAAUCACGUUCAAGAAAUGGUAGGAGCACAUCAAACAUUGAUAGAGGGCCUCCAUAUCCCUUUUCAUCGUUAGCAUAUUUGCGUAAUGUAAAAUCAAACACACAGAGGGAUAUGACCUAUUCUCGUGAAAGAAUAGAACGGUACUGCUGCGGUCCAGCAGUGAUUAGUAAAAAUGUAGGUAGUAAAAGUAGAACACAACAGUAUCCGAUCAGAUACAGGCGGCCCAUCGAUUACUGGCAACGCAAACAUAUAUUUCCAAAUCAGAGAAAUAAGAAAAUACUAGACUUGAACGGUCAACUGUUGCUGUUGAAGUGCAAGCCUGUCAGGGUCGACGUGGAGAGAAUGUCGAUGAGGAAAAUAAAUGAAUAUAUAGAAAACUUGAAGAGGGAGGCGGAGGCCCGGUACGCCCGAGACGAGGACAUAAUAUUCGUGGACAGACUCGAGUGCGAGACCGCCGACGUAGAGAUGCGGACCACGGACCCGCUCAAGAGGCCCGACGGCGACUGCGAAGUGAUAGAUCUGUGCUCCGACGACGAGGGUCCGGCCGCCAACGAGAACUGCGAUCCGCGCGCGGCGGUGACGAGCGUGGCGAGCGUGGCGCGCGUGACGAGCGUGACGGGCGUGACGGGCGUGACGGGCGUGGCGGGCGUGGCGUGCGUGAUGCGCGGCGGCGCGGUGCUGCGGCGCACGGCCGCCACGCCGCUCGCCACGGCGCAGCCCGCGCAGCCCUGCGGCGCCCGCCAGCGCCCGCUGCCGCCCGCCGUGCUGCACCCGCGCCCCCACCAACACCAACACCAACACCAACACCAACACCCGCACCCGCCGCGCCCGCACCCCGUCAUCCUCAUCGCGCACACGCUCACCAACCUACAGACUAUUUCCCUAGAUUGAUUCCAUGUAUUGACUUGACUUUAGUGAGUUAUCCAUUAUUUAUUAUCCUUCAUCAAUAAAAGAAUUAAUGUUCAUCGGACAUCUUUCAUUUCAGGCGUACGCUCCGUUAUGUUAGUGUUCGUUUAGUUUCGAUGUUACGUUUUCCGCUUUGAUCUUCGACUAGUUCGGCUCGCCGCUGAACUUCUCGAUUGUUCGAUCGAGCUGCUUGUGACGAGUGCGUCGUACCAUGAAAGUGAAUAAUUUAAAAAUAUCGCUGAAGCCGAUAGACGUAUACGGGGAGGUAGAAUAAGUUGCUACACGGUACUUUUAGAUGAUUCUUCUAAAUCUAUGAAAAAAAAUAUCUAUGAUGUAUUUUAUAUUAUUGCUAGACUAGAUAUAUUUUCUUUUCCCUUGUUGUAUAUUUUAUUGUUUAUAAUAUUACUUAUAGGACAAUGAGGUAUGGUACCUAUUUUUGUUGCUCUAUUGUGUAUUUAUAUCGCGCCAUGAGCAUUGGCACGACAAAAUGGCGCCUUGAGUUCAGAAAGUUCUCGCUUGCCGUCACUGAGAUAUUCAAUAUAAUUGCUAGUAUUAUUUGUAAUACAGUAAAUCAUUUCUUUAGUUUAUCUAGUAAUUGCCCCAAGAAACAUUAUCUUUAACUCAUAUUUGUAAAAUAAUAUUAACACGGGCUUCGAUUCUGAAUAAUAUCGCCUUUAUUGGGUUCUAAUUAUGGUAUCGUUAUUUGGCCAAGCCACCAUUUUGUUUAUUGUUCAUAGGGUCAACCACUAAUGAUUUGAAAACGGAAUAUGUCUUACAUUAAAAUACAAUGGCAAUUUAAUAUCAAAACUCUACAUAAUCACCUAUACACUUAUGUAGAGUGCAACGUAUUUUAAUCCUCUAGGUUUAUUAUAUUUACAACGAAAGCUGUGUGAAAUUCGCAGGCGCCAUUUUGAGAAUACACAAUGAUUAUUAAUGAAAAUGCUAUGCAUAUUAUUGGUAAUAGAAACAUUAGUUAGAACAUGAGUCAGUAAAUAACACUAAAUGGCUUACUAAUAGAGGCGACGUCAUUGUUCUGUGAUUUAUUUAUAAUGAAACAAUUAUUAUCUUAAUUACUUUUAUAAUUUCGUAAUAAGAAAAAACAUACAAUGACUGAAAAUAUAAGUAUGCCAAG